CCUAGGAAGAAAAUUGAACGAAUACUUGAAAAGUAUCAGUUGCAGAAUGGCUCUUCUUCACAUCAUUUUAACCAUGUUAUUCAGUGAAUGUCUCAGUCUCACCUACGUGGAUUUAAGUCACAGCCUACACAACGAUACUAUGUACUGGCCAACAGCUAUACCGGUAACUGUUGAAGUGGUUGCCAAAGGAGAGACAGCGAAAGGAUAUUGGUAUGAGGCUAACAACAUUUGUUUGGCCGAGCACGCUGGAACCCACAUCGAUGCACCGGCACACUUUUUUAAAGACAGGUGGCACGUCGAUGACAUUCCUCUGUCGCGUUUGAUGGGCCCAGGUGUUGUGCUGGACAUCCAGGAGAAAGCGAAGAAGAACCCUCUGGCUGAGUUGACUGUGGACGAUAUUACCAGGUGGACGGAAGUGAAUGGACCUCUUCCCGACGGCGUGGUGGUCUUCGUGUUGACCGGCUGGGGCAGCAGGUACGGGGACAAACAGGCGUACUUUGGAUCCAAUAGCAGUGACGGCUCCAAUCUAAAAUUUCCUGGAAUCAGCGUCGACGCAGCCAAGUACCUGACGGCGCUCAAGACUGACUCAGGACUGGGGGUCGUGGGGGUCGGCCUCGACACCCCGUCCCUAGACAACGGUGCCUCUACGACCUUCCCGACGCAUGUGGAAUUAUUCAAACACAAUAUCUAUGGCUUAGAGAAUGUGGCUAAUCUUGAGAGGCUUCCGACAAAGGGAUUCCACGUAACCGUGAUGCCCAUGAAAAUCCGCGAGGGGAGCGGCAGCCCCGCACGGAUCUUCGCGAGCAUCCCGGACGCUGGUGACGACGCCUGCGCUCGCUACGGUGCUCGCUCCGGCGCCGUCACGUACCUGGCGCCCGUCCUACUCGUCCUCAUCGCUGUGGUAUUUAUUGUAACCAUUUGAGUUUUCUGUGUACUCGAGUGAAUAAAAUUAUGCGCUUUUGUUACAAAUCAAAAUAAAAUUAUAUAUUUCAUCCAG